UAGAAGAUGUCGGUUUCGGGGCUGAAGGCCGAAUUGAAGUUUUUGGAGUCAAUUUUUGACCCAAACCACGAACGAUUCAGAAUAUUAGACUGGAAACCCGACGAACUCAGCUGCCAAUUCAACGUAACAGGAGAGAAGCUGCUGAUCAUUCACUGCAACAUCACGGAAUCCUAUCCCUCAACACCCCCAAUAUGGUUUGUUGACUCGGAUGAUCCUAGUCUGGCUGAAGUGUUGGAGCGCUUAGAGGAUGUGAGAAAAGGCAGCACAUUGCUUCUUCAGCAGUUGAAGCGCCUCAUUUGUGAUCUCUGUCGGCUUUACAACCUGCCACAACAUCCAGAUGUAGAAAUGCUCGACCAGCCUCUACCCGCUGGCCCGAUAACACACGAGCGAAAGCAUGGGCCACCAGAUGAGGUGACAUCUGAGGAGGAAGAGGAGGAAGAAAUGGGCGAGCAGGACAUUGACCUAGACCAAGACCUGGACCAUUACGACAUGAAAGAAGAGGAGCCAGCAGAUGGAAAAAAGUCAGAAGAUGACGGGAUAGAAAAAGAAAAUCUGGCCAUCUUGGAGAAGAUUCGUAAAAACCAGAGACAGGAUCACUUGAAUGGUGCAGUGUCUGGCUCUGUGCAAGCCUCAGACCGCCUAAUGAAGGAACUCAGGGAGAUCUACAGAUCACAGAGUUACAAGACGGGUAUUUAUUCAGUCGAACUAGUCAGUGACAGCCUUUAUGAAUGGCAUGUCAAGUUAAGGACGGUAGACCCAGAUAGUCCAUUACAUAGUGACUUGCAGGUCUUAAAAGAAAAGGAAGGAGUGGACUACAUUCUGCUCAAUUUCUCAUAUAAAGAUAAUUUUCCUUUUGACCCACCUUUUGUACGGGUUGUCUCACCUGUGCUCUCCGGAGGUUAUGUUCUAGGAGGAGGAGCCUUGUGCAUGGAACUUCUCACAAAACAGGGGUGGAGCAGUGCCUAUUCCAUAGAGUCUGUCAUUAUGCAGAUAAAUGCAACUCUGGUUAAAGGAAAAGCCAGGGUGCAGUUUGGAGCCAAUAAGAACCAGUACAAUCUUGCCAGAGCACAACAGUCGUACAAAUCCCUUGUGCAGAUUCAUGAAAAGAAUGGCUGGUACACACCACCUAAAGAGGAUGGAUAAAGAGCUACUACCACUAUGCACUGAGAACAUGUCUUUGGGUCAAAGUAUCUUGUUUUCUUUGGAAUCUUUCCCCCCUCUGACUUAACUGGGGAUAUGUCAUCUUUCUCGCGGAAACCACCUCGUUGGCUCAUCUGAUAAGUAUUCCUUUGCCCCGCUCCAGGAAAGACUUUAUUCUGGUAUCACUUGGCUUCUCCCCUCAGCGUUAGUGAGGAGGAGGAUGUGAGGGUAUCACUACUCCAGUUUUCUAAAUAUGCUCAUUUGUCUUUAAAAAAAAAAAAGUCUCCUUUAAAUGUGGGGAAAUGCUUUUUAUUUAGCUGCUUUGACAAAGUGGGCUUCACAAACAGUCGGUUACCCCUCUUUAAAUGGGAAUUUUAAAAGAAGAUUGAUACUGAAGCUCUAGAAGUGGCACCUCCCUGCACCUUUUUAUUGGCCGCAAUUGUUUUUGUUUCCCCUUUUUUUUCUUUUGGAAAUUAACUGGUACAUAAAUGCAAAUAUUGUUUUAGAAAUAUUAUUUGGAAAUUGUUUUUAAUAUUUGAGAAUCCUGUACAAUAAGUUUGCCAAUUUUCAUAUUUUGAAAGCUUAUCUUUAAGUUGAGAUGACCUACCACUCGGUAUCUUUUAGCUCUUUUUAAAAUGUGUGAAGAAUAUUGGGCCAAGCAGAAUCAAGAUGCUACAAUGUUGUUGAGCUAAGAUUAAUUGUUGUUGGUGAACAAAUCCACCAAUGGUUAAUAAUAAUAAUAAUAAUAACAAUAAUAAUAAUAAAACAGGGCCAGAGGACAUAAAACAUAUCCCAAUCUGCAUAUUGUCAAUCUUGGGAAGAGGAUACGUGGAUAUAUUUUCCCCAAGAGAUAAGAUGAACAUUAUGGCAUCAUUUUGGAAGUUCAAACAGAUUUAAUGUUGAAGCUAAAGAGCUCUUUUUGCCUUAUUUCUGUUAACACAUCGGGCCCCGCAAGUGCUCAGUUUGGCUAUUGGUCUUUCUAUUGAUUAUAGCUGGUUGAUGGCUGGUUUGAAGCAGAAAAUGAAGCCCCGUGUGUGCAAAAUUUACAGCAUGUUGCACAGGAGCCUCGCCUUAACCGCUGUUGUAAAACAUAGUUGAAUUUGAUUACAGUCACUUUGUUAAGCAGAAGUGUGCUGGGAUGGACUUUAGAGAGGGAUUAAAUUAAGGGUGUGUGGAUGUGAUUUUCUUUCCAUCACUGUCCAGUGUUGCAGCAAGUUUGUAUGUCAUAUCUUUCUGACAUACGUUGAUUGUAGUGGUUUGGCCCUGGCCAAUUUAGAUUUGAAACUGCUACCCUGUUACAUGAUGUCACAUGCAGCUGGAUUCGUCCCCUCUCUGCUGUCUCUGUUGUCUCAGUCAGCAGCUGAACAUCACUUGCAGGGCUUCCUUUGCCACAACAAUAUACCACAGAUGUUUCUGUGUCGCUUUUGGUGUGUAACAAGAAGGAUCAUUUGUAGUGUAAUACGAACUGACUCGAAACUCUGUACGUUUUAACUUUGAGCAUGCAAUAUACUGUAGUACGUCAUCAGUACUGCUGUUCCCCAUACUACAGGACACACACUGUAUCUAUCAAUCUGUUGGCUCUUUUGCAGUUUACUUAACACUGUCUGCAAAAGUAUGUUUGAAUGGCAACUCAGGUAACAAACAAUACUUAGGGGGGAAUCUGUACAUGUACAUGUUGGGUUUUUGGGUUAUUUUCUUGGAUUAAUUAACGCUCUGUACCGCUGAUGUUUAGGCUUUACUCACCCACUGAUCUGAUGUCAAAAACAGACAAUGUAAUGAGCUUUACAAUAAUAUGGGCCACAUGUUUAUUUUAAUUCAAGCGAUGUAAGAGGAAGGACAUUUACCGAAAGAUGCCAUUUUAACAGGAUUGCAGUAGCAUGAUGACCACCACAUGUAAUGGCUCAUCGAUACCCACUGUAGUAUAUACAUUUUUAUUUUUUUGUUGUUGCCUUUUUCCUCCCAAGUACUGAAGUAGAUUUGAUUUCAAUGUGUGAUCUUUAAAUAUUCCUGAUAAAAAUAUUUGCACAACUGGCAACAAGCUGCCUGGAAAGGUCAAGUAUAACAGCAAACACAUUCUGAGCUAAAUAUUUUAAAAUAUGGAACAUAAAAAAUUUCUCGGCACACAUCCUGUUGUUACAGGUCUGAGGGGGGCUGAGGGAGGAGGAAAUAUCGGGCAUCAUUAUCAGGAAGAACCUCUAAAGGGCCUGUGUUGUCUGGCGGCACAGGAAAGUUGGACCAUAAACUUCUUGAAGUUUUAAGUACAACCUCUCCCGCUACACAGCCUUUAGAGUGAUUGCCUGCCUCCAAAAUGCCAAAACUCUGGUCAAAGGGGAUAUUAAGAGAUUGAAGUUUGAUAGUCAUGCCGUGGUGAAUAGACUUGCACGCUUCUCUAACUGGACUGUGUGUUGAAAAGAUUCAUUUAUCUCAAUUGUAUUCAUUUACUGGCACCAACAAACAGAUGGUCAAGUCUGGCACCGUUGGUUGCUUUGGUUUUAUUUUAUUAUUCAUUUUCCAUUUGAAGAAAUUUUGACCAUGUACAGUAAUUUGUAAACUUGCAUCAAGUUUAUGAAUAAAGAAUUUUAAGAUUA